AUGAAUGCCUACGACGAAGCCUUGUCCAAAGUCCUGGACAAUUUGCUGGCCCAGAAGAACUGUGAGGUGGUGGACGACGUGCUACGUCAGUCGAUGCUGGAACUUUUGCGGGACAGAUUCCGUGAGAUUGCCAAUCGGACCACCAAUUGGGCCAAUCACGCCGGUCGCAGUCAGCCCAGCUACUUUGAUGUGGAGCGCACCUUUGGCCUGCUGGACAUCAAGGUGGGCGACCUCAAGGCCAUUUGCCAGGGUCACUCGGAGUCGAAGGCCGCGGUCGUAUGUCCAGGGCCGCAGACAUGCGACCAGGAUUUCCACAGGGGGCCACAGCCACUGCUGAGCGCCUCGAAGCCCCGUGAAAUGGCCUGCACCUCGCACAUCCCCGAUUAUUUUCCCCCAUUUCCCGGGGCGCACACCUUCAAGAAUACGGUUAUGGAGCAGGUCACUGAUAGGAGCUAUGUGGCUGUAAGGAAUCGCCGUGCCGAGAACGAGUUGAACACCCAAAAGGCUCUGAAUGGAUUCUACUUGAGGUGCGGACCCAAUCUAUCGCUAUUCGAAAGUGGCCAAAGCGAUGACAUCGGAAAGGUUUUGUCUGUGGGUCCGCCCAAGAAACCUGCCUUUUUGGAUGCCCUGAUGCCGCGCAGUCAGGUCUUUGAGAAGGACAUCUACGAGUCCAAGGAGGAGAUCACCCAUGCAGCCCUCUUGUGCCCCUUUUUGAUGGAGCCCAAGGAGCAGAGUUCACGUCAAUCUAGUGGAAAUUACGAAGGCGAAGACGUGGAAAUGCAGGAGCCCCGUAGCAAUGUGGAACUGGACUCGGACUCCGACGAGGGGGAAGAGGUCCUUGCAGGAGGAGAGGGCGGAGAUGGGAUGCAGGACUCGGACUGCGAGCAGGAGAUUAACUGGUCGCAGCCGGACUGA